AUGAAGAAAACAAAGGUCACGAUCACUCGGGAAAAGAGAACCAGAGAUUAUAUACCGGAGGGAUUCAUUUCCUUCAGUGAUGAAGACGCGGAGGGCAUCAUUCAACCUUACAAUGAUGCUUUGGUAAUCUCUGUUCUUAUAAAUAAAUCUCAUGUUAAACGUAUUUUGAUUGACCCAGGUAGUUCAGCCAACUUUAUCCGUUGGAAAGUAGUGGACCAGCUGGGUUUGUUGGAGCAAAUUCUACCGCCAGCCCGGGUCCUCAACGGGUUCAACAUGGCAUGUGAAACUACGAAGGGAGAAAUUACCCUGCUGGUGAACACCGCUGGGAUUGUUCAACAUACAAACUUCUACGUCAUUGAUGGUGAAAUGAGGUACAAAGCUUUAUUUGGCAGACCAUGGGUACACAACAUGAGGGCAGUGCCCUCAACUUUAAAUCAGAUGCUAAAAUUUCUGACCCUGGAGAGAAUAAAAUCAGUCUGUGAAGAACAACCGGUAGCAAAAGAAAUGUUUGCGGUCGAAGAAGCAACUCCAGCACCGAAAUCACCCGCACCCAAGGAUGCUAAAGAUUUGAACAAAGGGAAAAGUACCAAAUAG